CUGCUGUAAACCCGCUGUCAAACAGCGCGGACAAGAGCGAUUGAGAUCCACACAGAUCCGAGCAGCUGCAGCUCCCUGUCACAUAAGAUGUGCCGGAGAACCGAAGCGUUAUACGGAAGAUCAUUCCGCCCGGCUGUAUGAGAGCAGAACCGCCGCCAAACGCGUAGAGGAUUUGUGCCUGUUUCUGCGCGCGCUGCGCAUGUGGGGAUGUUGCGAUGGCAUGCACGAGGAGAACCAAAACUUUGGUGUCCACGUGCGUGAUUUUAAGCGGUAUGACCAAUGUUUUGUGUCUGCUCUACGUCGGAUGGAUCACCAAUUAUGUGUCUAAUAACGGAAACGUCAAAGUUACAGGAAGGACGCACGAGAAAAAGUUUGAGGAUGACAGCAGAGGAGAAACGCUGAGGAUUAUAGAGAGACUUGACAGGCUGGAGAGUGUUGUGAACCAGCACAUCCAAGAGAAACCGUUGAAAGAUGGGGAAGACACAGCUGACCAGACCCUCUCAGACUCUCUUUUUGCACACUGGGGUCAUGACCUCGGCCCAGAGAGCCGCAAGGUGGCUCUGAAAAAGUUCCAGUACUACGGUUACAACGGCUACCUCAGCGACAGACUCUCUCUAGACAGAGCCAUCCCAGACCUCAGGCCCGACGGAGACUCUUUUCAACUAAUCCCUCUUUCGUUCACUUCACUCAAAGCUGAACUGUCAGAAAACCUGCAGAGGUUUGUGGACGAGACCAACCAGCAGCGGCCCGACUUCAUUAAAGUGGUUCGGCAUAACAAGCAGGAGGGUUUGAUUCGCUCUCGGGUCAGCGGCUGGAGGGCUGCAACCGCUCCCGUCGUGGCCCUGUUUGAUGCCCAUGUGGAGUUCAGCGUUGGAUGGGCUGAACCAAUCCUUCACAGAAUCAAAGAGGACAGAACCCGGGUCAUCUCGCCGUCAUUCGACAACAUCAAAUACGACACGUUUGAGAUCGAAGAGUACCCCCUCUCUGCUCAAGGGUUCGACUGGGAACUUUGGUGCCGCUAUAUAAACCCUCCCAAAUCCUGGUGGACGCAGAACAAUCAAACUGCACCAAUCAGGAGCCCCGCUCUGAUCGGCUGCUUUGUAGUGGAUCGGGAGUAUUUUGAGGAGAUUGGUCUGCUGGAUGAAGGGAUGGAAGUUUAUGGAGGCGAAAACGUGGAGCUGGGGAUCAGGGUGUGGCUGUGCGGAGGAAGCGUGGAGGUCAUGCCCUGUUCCAGAAUAGCUCAUAUUGAGCGUGCCCACAAGCCCUACACAGAGGACCUGGCAACUCACGUCCGCAGGAACGCCUUGAGAGUGGCUGAGGUGUGGAUGGAUGAGCUCAAGAGCCACGUUUAUAUGGCCUGGAACGUUCCACAACAGGACUCGGGGAUCGAUAUUGGUGAUAUCAGAGAAAGAAAAGCUCUCCGAGAGAGACUCCGCUGCAAACCCUUCAGCUGGUUCCUGAAGAAUAUUUAUUCUGAGAUGAGAACCUACACAGAGACCAUCGCUUAUGGUGUACUGAGGAACAGCCUGAGGCCGGAUCUGUGUGUGGAUCAAGGUCCCGACUCCGACAACAUUCCCAUCCUGUACAUCUGUCAUGGCCUGACGCCUCAGAAUGUGUACUACACAAGCUCUCAGCAGCUGCAUGUCGGAGGCUUGAGUCCGACCAUCGACGACGACGAUAACAAGUGCCUGGUGGAUGUGAACGGCCGGCCGCGACUGCUGGAAUGCAGCUACGCCAGCAACAAGCACAUGACGCUCUCCUGGCUCUUUACUCGGGGAGGCUCCAUUCAGAAUAGGAAGUCAAAGCGUUGUUUGGAGUUGGUGGAAAAUGCGGACGUGGAUCACGGAUAUCAGCUGGCCCUUCAACAGUGCAGCAGUCAAAAAUGGACAAUUACCAACAUAUUGCCUGGGAAAGUUCUAUAAGCAUAGUGUCUAAUGGGACGUAUCUCUGGAUAUGUAAUGGACUGAGAUACAGUGUCCCUUUACACGUUGUUGUGUCGAGAGAAGGCUGCUGUUCUCUGUUAUUUAACACUGUAAACAUCUUCAUGUCUUGUGCCGGACCUCAAAGCCAACAUGGAACAAGUGUCAAACAUUUAAUUUUUACCAAAAGAGAUGGUUUAGACUAGAGACAAUGAUGCUUAAAGGGAUAGUUCACACAAAAAUGAAAAUCCUGUCAUUAAUGACUGACCCUC